AUGGGUCGGGCAGUUCUCUUUGCUUGGCAAGCUGCCUUCUCUCUCUUCAUCAUCCUCAGUCUCUACUGGUACCUCGGCCAUGACCAGCUAGCCAAUGUGCACACACCGCCAUCAUCCUUUCCGAGCCAUGGUGCCAGCAACCAUCAGGACGGAAACCAGACGCAUUUGCCGGUCUCUAGCACUCCUGACAAGACCCUACUGACACAUACGAGAACAACUGUCUCAGUCAUCCACACGCCUUCAGCAGCCCCAACCCUGGCCGUCAUCAAGCCGGCUCCCGGCAAGACAUCUAGCAAUGAUGUUCUCCCGCUGUCAAAUCGCACCGCUUACGUCCAUACAAUAAUUCACCCCGAGGACAAGACACUCCCACGCCUCGAAUGUCCUCCCUUUAACUCUUCCCGAUAUGACCAUCUCCAAGCCAAAGAAGCCGGUGGCGAAGUCAACCGGCCGACAAUCCAGUACUUCUUUGCCCUCAACAUCCGCGAGCGUCUCUCACUCCUGCCUCGUCUCAUGGGGAGCAUAGUCGAAGCUAUCCGUUUCCUCGGACCCGAACAUUGCGUCUUAUCUAUCGUCGAAGGCAAUUCGGACGAUGGCACUGCCGAAGUUCUCGAGGCCCUCCGUUCGGAGCUCGACGCUCUCCACACGCCAUACUACUUCAACUCGAGCGUCAUAAACCCGAAGAAGGGGCCUCGCAUCGAGAAGCUCGCUGAACUCCGAAACCUAGCACUAGCGCCUAUGCUCGACCCUCAAAAUGCCCAUCUUUACGACCACGAGACAAACACGACCGUGAUCUUCCUCAACGACGUUGCCGUGUGUCCGGAUGAUAUACUUGAGUUGGUUCAUCAGCGUCGAUUCCUGGGUGCUGACAUGACCUGCGCGAUGGAUUGGACAUACGCGGGCAAGGAUCCGACAUUUUAUGAUGUCUGGGUCGCACGGACUCUUGCUGGAGGGGACUCAUUCUUCGAGAUUCCAUCUGACGGCAACUGGAACUCUGCCUGGAACCUCUUUUGGAACGAGCCGACCGCGCGACAGCUUUUCUCCGCCAAGCAACCAUUCCAGGUGUUCUCGUGCUGGAAUGGAGCUACGGCUUUCACGGCAAAGCCCUUCCUUGAAAACAAGAUCAAGUUUCGAGCACCGAGAGAGGGCGAGUGCAUGCAGGGAGAACCGCAACUUCUUGGCAAAGACCUGUGGUGGCAUGGAUACGGCAAGAUUGCCGUUGUGCCGACUGUGAACCUGGAGUACUCGGAUGAAAAAGGGAAGCAGAUCAAGGACGCGAAGGGGUUUACGAGCCAGCUUGUGGGCGGUGAAGGCAACGAAGAUGCGAUAAUUGACUGGAAAAUAAGUCCACCGGAGAAGGUAAAGUGUAUGCCAGACUACGCGCAUCAGUAUUUCGAAAUGUGGAACGCGACCCAGCGGGGGGAUAACACGGAGAAAACAACAUCGAAACCCAGCUGA